AAGCUUAUGUGAUACAAACCGUAACUUUGAUAUACGUUGAUAAAUUAUAUUAGAGUAUGAUAUUUUAAUGAAUAUUGUAGUUUUUACCAGUGAGUGGAAUAUAAAACACGCAAUGGCAGCUCGUCUUAGUUUGCUGCUUACCCUGACAAUAAUCAUUUUGAUUAAUAGUGUUGGUGGAUUAGAAAAUGGGAAGAUCAAAAUCACAGUCGGCACCACGGCUGGCUGCAGUGACACAGUCAACUUCAUCACAAAUCAACUGUUGCCUACAUACAGAAAAUAUGAAAGAUUUUUAGAGAUCGAAUUUGUUGCAUGGGGGAGGACUCGUAGAGAAAAUGGCGUUUUCACUUUUUGCCAGUUCAACGCCAUGAAUUGCUGGGUUAACCGAAUGCACAGGUGUUCUCUGGACAUGAUGAAAGGAAACCAGACGAGGCAAUUAGAGUUCAUGUCAUGCGAGUUCUCGCCACCGCUCCCUGUAAUCCUCCGUGAGAGUUACGAUUGCGCCAUCUCAUCGGGUUUGAAUGUUGUCGACGUAGAUUUCUGUUUGAAUAAUCCACAUUUGGAUUCUUUGGAUGACGUAGCGCAAGAAGCUGCUGCUGAACCAGUUAGUGCUAUAAACUUUAUCCCUUACAUUAUUAUUAACGACAACACCGACGUUAAUGUCCACAAUCAAGCAUUACGUCGACUGUCCAGCGUUAUAUGUUUCUUACUUGCCGAAGACCCAGCGUCAGGCGUGACCGAGUGCCAAAUCUAAUCAGAAAGAAAGAAAGAAAAAUAUUUAUUAACGACAUACAUUAACAAUUACAACAAACAUACAUCAAACAUAAAACAAAAGGUACAUCGUCAACUAGGCCCCAACUCAGCAUAAUGUUGCAACGGCAAAAAUGGAUUGCCGCUGCAACGCUGGUAUUCUGGAACGACCUGAUUUGGACAUCAACGGACGGAGAUACAAGACAAUCACUUAAUAUAGAAAAUAAAAGAAGUCCAGCAUCAAAAACAAAAAACUUAACAUAAGAGGCUGAGCAGGCUCAGCUCUUUACCUACAAGAUACAAAAAAAUAAGAAAAAACUAAAACAAAAUCAGUGGCAAAGUCAGCUGUAGCCAUUUAGAAAAAAAAAAGUCAGCUGUAUCAAAGUUUUGUGUCUUAAUGUGAACCGCCCAAUCGUGAAAUUGUAAAGUUUUAUCUUAGCUGGCAUCUAAGCUUGAGGAUUUUGAGAUUUUCAAGCCAAGAGUUGAACGUUUGCCGGCUCGUAAUCGACGAACUUGUGCAAUUGGACAAUCGUCGAGCGCAGAUACGGCUAAUGACCCAGUAAUUUUUGGCGAUAAGAAAUGUAACGACAGCGUUUUGUUACAUUAACAUUUCUGGAUGUAUUCAAAAUGUCAGUUGGAUAACUUAUUUUUGUUAAGCAACUUUAUGUAUAAUAAUGAUUGUCAUUUCGCUUAUUUUUCAUUAUAAGUGUCAUUUCAUUUAAGGUAUAUAAUCUGUUAAAGCCACGUUAAAUAU